AUGUUGAGAUCCAUCCCGUCAUCGUGUAAUGGCAGUAGCAGGUUCUUGAAGAACUGCUUGGUUAGAAGGAUAUCGAUACCCAGGAGUACUGCCAGAGUUGUGGUAUCGACGGGGUUUAGCAAGAAGAGAUGUUUUGCUACUAGCACUGACAACUUUUUAUCUACUUCCAAUGCUAAUUAUAUUGAUGAGAUGUAUGAGGCUUGGAAAGCCGAUCCUUCCUCGGUUCAUGCGUCUUGGAACGCUUAUUUCAAGAAUAUGGGGAAUAAGAAUAUACCGGCUUCUAAUGCUUUCCAGGCGCCACCAAAUCUAGUAGGCGGUCCCACCGGGGCAGAAAAUUUGCCGCUGGACAGUCCGGGGACCUCUGUUGACGAGAAUGUUAUGGUUCAUCUGAAAGUACAACUGCUGUGUAGGGCCUAUCAAGUCAGAGGUCAUUUGAAGGCACAUAUUGAUCCGCUGCAGAUUUCGUUUGGCGACGAUAAAUCCAAGCCAAUUCCAAAGGAGUUAACACUCGAGUACUACGGAUUCACUGAACGUGACUUGGAUAAAGAGAUCAAUUUGGGACCAGGUAUCCUGCCCAGGUUUGCAAGGGAUGGUAGGACAAAGAUGACUCUGAGGGAGAUCAUCAAUGCCAUGGAGAAAUUAUACUGUCGAUCGUACGGUAUUCAGUACACGCAUAUUCCUUCCAAGGAAAAAUGUGAAUGGUUGAGAGAGAGAAUCGAGAUUCCAACGCCGUACCAGUACACCAUCGAUCAGAAGAGACAGAUCUUGGACAGACUGACAUGGGCAACUUCUUUUGAAUCGUUUCUGUCCACAAAGUUCCCUAAUGAUAAAAGAUUUGGUUUGGAAGGUUUGGAAGCGGUAGUGCCCGGUAUCAAGACGUUGGUCGAUCGCUCGGUGGAGCUGGGUGUUGAGGAUGUUGUGUUGGGUAUGGCUCAUCGUGGUAGAUUGAACGUUUUAUCGAACGUUGUUCGUAAGCCUAAUGAGUCCAUUUUUUCUGAAUUCAAAGGUUCUUGUGCUCAAGAUGAAGCAGAGGGCUCUGGUGAUGUUAAGUAUCAUCUCGGUAUGAACUAUAAGAGACCGACGACCUCUGGUAGAUACGUUAACCUGUCGCUGGUUGCUAACCCAUCUCAUUUGGAAGCCCAGGUUCCUGUUGUCUUGGGUAGAACCAGAUCUAUUCUGCAAUCAAAGAACGACUUGGAACAAAAGACAAAGGCACUAGCUGUCUUACUACACGGCGAUGCUGCUUUUGCUGGUCAAGGUGUUGUUUAUGAGACGAUGGGGUUCGUUAACUUACCAGAAUACUCUACUGGCGGUACUAUUCAUGUUAUUACCAACAACCAAAUAGGUUUCACAACCGAUCCAAGAUUUGCUAGAUCGACGCCAUACCCAUCCGACUUGGCAAAGGCCAUUGAUGCCCCAAUCUUCCACGUCAACGCCAACGACGUUGAGGCCGUGACUUUUAUCUUUAAUCUGGCUGCAGAAUGGAGGCAAACUUUCCAUACAGAUGCCAUCAUUGAUGUUGUUGGCUGGAGAAAGCAUGGUCACAAUGAAACCGAUCAGCCCUCUUUCACUCAGCCUUUGAUGUACCAGAAGAUAGCCAAGCAAAAAUCUGUCAUUGACGUUUACACCGAGAAACUUGUUGUUGAGGGCUCUUUCACUAAGGCUGACAUUGAGGAACAUAAGAAGUGGAUCUGGAAUUUAUUCGAGGAAGCGUUCGAGAAGAGAAAGGAUUACAAACCUACUUCCAGGGAAUGGCUGACCGCUGCCUGGGAAGAUUUUAAGUCUCCAAAGGAAUUGGCGACCGAAAUCUUACCACACGAACCUACUAAUGUCAAGGCUGAAAUCUUGAAGGACAUCGGUAAGGCCAUCUCCUCAUGGCCAGAGAACUUCGAAGUUCAUAGAAACUUGAAGAGAAUUUUGACCAACAGGGGUAAGUCUGUUGAAACAGGUACAGGCAUUGACUGGUCUACUGGUGAGGCUUUGGCCUUUGGUACUUUAGCGCUGGAAGGCUACAACGUUAGGGUCUCCGGAGAAGACGUUGAAAGAGGUACCUUUUCGCAACGUCAUGCUGUUUUGCAUGAUCAAAGCUCUGAAAAGAUUUAUACACCUCUGAAGAACUUGAGUGACAAGCAAGGUGAUUUUACAAUAUCGAACUCUUCAUUGUCGGAGUAUGGUGUUAUGGGUUUCGAGUACGGCUUUUCCUUGACCGACCCAGACUAUUUCGUCAUGUGGGAAGCUCAGUUCGGUGAUUUCGCGAACACUGCUCAGGUCAUUAUCGAUCAGUUUAUUGCCGGUGGUGAGCAGAAGUGGAAGCAGCGUUCUGGUUUGGUUCUUUCCUUACCUCACGGUUACGAUGGACAGGGCCCAGAGCACUCAUCCGGUAGAUUGGAAAGAUUCCUACAGCUCGCUAAUGAAGAUCAAAGAUUCUUCCCUUCUGAGGAGAAAUUGCAAAGACAACAUCAAGAUUGUAACUUCCAGGUCGCAUACCCAACCACCCCAGCCAACCUGUUCCACAUUUUGAGAAGACAACAGCACCGUCAAUUCCGUAAGCCUUUGGCCCUAUUUUUCUCGAAGCAAUUGUUGCGUCAUCCACUGGCCAGGUCUGAUCUGUCAGAGUUCACUGAAGGCUCCUUCCAAUGGAUCAUCGAAGACCAGGAACAUGGCAAGGCGAUCGGAUCCAAAGAAGAGACGAAGCGACUAGUCCUAUUAACCGGCCAGGUCUAUGCUGCUCUGCAUAAGAAGCGUGCCGACUUGGACGAUAAGACUACAGCUUUCUUAAAGAUAGAACAACCACAUCCAUUCCCAUUUGCCCAAUUACGCGACACCAUCAACUCUUAUCCAAACUUGGAAGACAUUGUAUGGUGUCAAGAAGAGCCUUUGAACAUGGGUUCCUGGUCAUACGUCGCUCCAAGAUUGACCACUGUCUUGAAAGAGACUGAGAAAUACAAAAACCACGUUGUUAGAUACUGUGGCAGAAAUCCAAGUGGUGCCGUUGCAGCUGGUAGUAAGGCCUUGCAUGUUGCCGAAGAGGAAGCUUUCCUAAAGGACGUUUUCACCUCUUCGUGA